UGUCAAGUGUCCUUUGCCUACACAUGCAAGUUGAUGAUCCAUAUUAUUAUAUGAACCUCAACUUGGAAGACCUCGUCGGCACAUGCACCAUUUGCUUCCAGUUUGCCCUCUAGUUUAGUCCACAUCGAACAAGACCUGUCGCUACCUCAUCGUCUUUAUUUCCUUGCUUCUCCUGAUCUAUCGAAGCCAAGCGAGAAGCAGGGCGAGGAAGAAGACAUGGGCAAUGCUUUGGGUGGGAGGAAGAAGGCUGCCAAGAUCAUGAAGAUAGAUGGCACCACGUUCAAGGUGAAGCCUCCGGCUCAGGCGAUUACCGUGCUCCGAGACCACCCGGGCCACGUCCUCCUCGAAUCCGACGAGGUCAAGCGCCUCUCCCUCCGGGCCAGGCCGCUUGACCCGGAUGCGCAGCUCCAACGAGGGAAACUCUACUUUCUCGUUGAGCUCACCCAGCUCCGGGGCCGAGGAGCGCCACGGAGGGCCUGGUCCGGGCAGCUCCAGGUGGGCGCCAAGGAACGGCUGGAGAGCCUCAGGCUCACCCGCCGCUCGAUGUCGGAUCUGUCGCUCGCCGGUAGGUGCUCGGUGGACGUCGAGGAGGCCAAGGAUGGGGCGGUCCGCCUUCGGGUGAGGCUGCCCAAGGUUCAAGUGGAGAAGCUGAUGCAGGACAGCAGGGACGCUGCGGAGGCCGCCAACAAGAUCAUGCAGCUGUGUGUGGAGAAGGACGGCGUUCAACAGAAAUUGCUGCAACCGACGGCCGAUCGCCGAAAGGAGGGAUUCACCUUCGCCAUCAUCACGAAGCUGAUGCUGAGACUCAAGAGCAGCCUGCUGUACUUCUGGAUAAUCCUGUACGCAUCGCUUAUUACGACGAACGCGUACGUGAUGCUCGUCAGCGCGCUGGUGCCAAGCUACAUCACGGGCUACGCAGUGGUGAUCGCAACCACCGCGCUUUUCUUCCUGAUGUGCGGCUUCUUCUUGAAGCAGUCGAGAAUUCCAGUCUAUUGGCGGUGGCUGCACUACAUCUCGGCGAUCAAGUACCCCUUCGAGGCGUUGCUGACGAACGAGUUCAAAGGAGAUCGGUGCUACUCUGGGAGCUUCAGUGACCUCUCGCCGGGCCCGCUGGGCAAUAUCAGCUUUAGCGACCUUCACAGGCAUCUGAAAGUUGACUGCCCGUUGAUCGGGGAGGACGUGCUGUCGACCAUGGACAUACAUUUCGAGAACGUGUGGGCCGACGUCGCCAUACUUCUUGCGUGGGGUGUGCUCUAUAGGUUCUUCUUCUACGUGGUGCUGAGGUUCUACUCCAAUAAUGAGAGGAAGUGAAGCUCUACAGUCCUACUAAUUUCUUCAAGAUCAUGGAAGGAAUUCUAAUAAAACCAAAUCUACAUCGAAGUCUCAACUGGUGGGGGAGGAACAUUGUAUAAGCCUCAAACUAGAGAUGCUUCAUGUGAUACCAAGAUAAGAUAGAAAGACAAAAGCCAGUGUUACCUUCAAUUUAUAGUUUCAUAUAUUAUGUUGGGUUUGUAGAUUAUUUGAUGCAGCAAUAAAUACAAAAUUAGUCCCGUGUCAUCGGCGAGGCCCAUCGCGCGCUUUCGAUGGGGGAAGAGAGAAGCCGAGCCUUGUCGCCAUGGUGAUUGGGUACGUUGAAGAAGAUUUCCUGUACGGGUACGCACGCAGUUGGUAGAAGAGACGUGAAAGCGAGCCCACAAACGUUAUAAUAUGAAUACGAUUGAUGGGUCGAGUUGUUCAAGUCACCACGCGAAAUAAAAGCUUCCCAUCACUGGUGCUUCUCAAAAUCUCACCGUACAUUCAUGUGAGGUGACACGUGGGUGUACCAUAAGUACCGAGGAAUACUCAAACCCAACAUCCCAUGUGAGGCUUAAGAUGGUAGUACGAGCCUUGAUGAGGAAGCAUCUCCAUAACAAUGGAGAACCUUUCGAUCAAGGCAUUGCUUGCUUGCAUCGUGGUGGAUGCUGUCAAGUGUCCUUUGCCUACACAUGCAACUUGAUGAUCCAUAUUAUUAUAUGAACCUCAACUUGGAAGACCUCGUCGGCACAUGCACCAUUUGCUUCCAGUUUGCCCUCUAGUUUAGUCCACAUCGAACAAGACCUGUCGCUACCUCAUCGUCUUUAUUUCCUUGCUUCUCCUGAUCUAUCGAAGCCAAGCGAGAAGCAGGGCGAGGAAGAAGAC